AUGACCGACGGCGAGCGCAAUGCCCUCGUAAAGGAGCUCGCGGCGUGGAAGGUGAGCGCGGCCGGGGAGCGUGCAGCCGCCCACCGCCUUUUGCCUCCGUCACCGCUACUCGCAAGCCUUAACAGCGACCAAAAACUUGAUGAGGAGCUCACGCGCUUUGCAGCCACCAAGAAGACCGUCGCAGCUCUCAACGCCGCGCACCCACACGCGACGUUUUCGAUGGACAACCGCUUUGCGCUGCUGACGUCCGACGAGUUUCGCACGUACGCCCAAGGCGCGCUGCCCAAGCAAAUUAUGACGCGGCAGCUGCGCGCCGAGCAUUCGCAGCUCACUUUAGCGCAGUUGGCGGCCUCCGACGUUGACUGGACGACCACGCGUUGCAUGCCUGCGGUCCGUGACCAGGGCCAGUGCGGGAGCUGCUGGGCCAUCUCGGCUACCGGCGCCGCCGAGAUGGCGCACUGCCUCGCCACGGGCAAGCUCCUCAACCUUGCCGAGCAGCAGCUCGUGAGCUGCGCCAAUGACGCAGGCUACGGCUGCAACGGCGGCUGGCCUCGCCAAGCGCUCGACUACAUUGCGACGACUGGUCUCUGCGAUUCGAGCGACUACCCGUACACAGCGUCCGAUGCCGCCUGCAACACAACCUGCAGCAAGAUCAAGCUCCAGAUCGGCGCUACUGUCAAUAUCCAAGGCGAGCGCGCGCUUCAGGCCGCGAUCGACAUGCAACCCGUCGUCGUGACGGUCGAAGCCGGCAACGACAUUUGGCGCAACUACAAGAGCGACGUCGUGACAAUGUGCCCCGGGGCAGCGUCCGACCACGCCGUCGUGGCAGUGGGGUACGGCAGCAGCAACGGCACGGCACACUACAAGCUUCGCAACUCGUGGGGAGAAUAUUGGGGCGACCACGGCUACAUCUACCUCGAGCGCGGCGUCGGUGGCAAAGGCAUGUGCAACGUCGCCGACCAGUGCUCGUAUCCGACCAUGGUGGCCGGCAAACCGACACCGAGUAACCCAGUGGUGGCGCCGACAACGACAACGGUACCGACAACAGCACCGCUGGCACCGACAUCGACACCGCCGGCACCGACACCGCACCGGACGACCAUGCACCCAACCGCCAAGCACCCGCACACAAAACACGGGCAGAGUCGCACUAUCCGUCCGUCAACUGACUACUAA